AUACAUCGCUAUGGUUCAUUUUCGUCAGUCGUGUGAGCGUCGUGAGUCGAGCGUGUGUUGCGUGAGUUCGUUAAUAAAUUAACCCAUGUGCGAUUCGCUUGAUUAACGGUUUUUCAUCACCGGCCAUCAACAAAAAAUGACAAAAUUAAUCCGAAAAGUUCCCGAUGGCGGCUGGGGCUGGAUGGUUGUGCUCGGCGCGGCGAUUGCCAACAUGGGUAAUCAAGCGAUUGUGUCGGUGUUCGGUUUGGUCUAUGGUUUUCAAAUUAGCAACACGUCAUAUGGGAUAGAAGGAGCCGCAUUGGUUUUGAACAUCAGCUGCAUGGUCACCAACUUUUCCGGAUUACUCACUGGACCUAUUCUUAAAAGAUACUCACCUCGAGUUGUCACAGCUAUAGGAGUAUUAUUAACUGCCAGUGGAUUAAUUUUAUCUAGUUUUGCAAGCAGUCUAUGGCAUUUUUUUCUAACAUUUAGUGUUUUUGCAGGCCUAGGUUUGGGUUUGAUAAUGCCCGCGUCUUUCAUGGCGGUCAAUUCGUAUUUUGACACACGGAAAGGUCAAGCUGUUGGUCUUGCAAUGGCUGGGACAGGUCUUGGCCAAACCUUCAUGCCACAAAUAGUGACAUCUCUUCAGGAAGCUUUCGACUACAACGGAACCGUGUUAAUCAUGGGCGCUAUUUCUUUACACGGCUUGAUUGGCGCUUUGAUGUUUGAGCCGGUUGAAAGACAUCUAAAGACCGUUGUCGACGGCGACGACGUCGACGAUCUGAAGCAUUCCACAGAGGUGGUCAUUGUAGAGAAGAAGUCCGAAGAGAUUGCUUUGCUUCAGUCACAAAAGCAUAACGCAUCCGAGGUGAAAAGAUAUAGUGGGAACGUGGAAAAUACUCAAUGCUCCGAUGUUACAAAUAAUAAUAACAUAGAAAUGGACAUGAAAAAUACACCAACAAGAGGCGGCGAGAUUUCCCCGCUGAAAAGAAUUUCCUCGGCGCUGGAUUUGCAUCUGCUGGGCGACGCGACGUUCGUACACAUCAUAAUAGGCUUAUCGGUGGUGUACACGUCGAGCAUCGCCUUCAGCAUGCUCUUCCCGUUCCACCUCAGGCAGAUCGGCUUUGCGACGGCGGAGACGGCGUCCUGUAUGUCCGCACUGUCGGCGGCUGACAUAACCGCCCGCUUCACCAUUCCGAAACUGGCGAGGCGCGUUCGCAUUGGAUAUCGUACAACAUUUCUUUUCGGCGCGCUUGUUUUGGCGUGUUGUAGAGCUGUUUUGGCGAUGCAGACGAGUUUUCCAGCGACGGUUGCAGCUUCCGCGCUGUGCGGGUACGUACGGGCCGCCACCGUCAUCAACCAGAAUCUGACAGUCUCCGAAUAUUGCGAGAACAACAAGGGCAGCCAUUUGGCGUCCGCGCUCGGCCUCAACAUGGUGUCUAAAGGCAUUUUUGUGCUCACAUUAGGUCAAUUUUUCGCGUGGGCGCGCGCCCCGACCGGCAGCUACGUUUCGUGCAUAUUGAUACAGAGCGCGUUUCUGCUGGCGGUGGCGCUUAGCUGGGGCGGCGAGAUGGUGGUGCUACGUCGGCGGCGCGCCAAGUCGUCGCUGCCGGCCCCGAGCACGGCGGCGGCGAGCUGACGGCGUCCCGCGCGCGCGAGCUUGCUCGGCGUAAUUCAAUUACCCGAAGGGGGAAUCACUUUGUAAAUAUUAUAACAGCAGACACAUUAAAUAUCCAUGCGCGACUCGCGAAACUCGCGCCACGCGCCUCUAACUGUAUCGUUAGCGCAUGUUUUACAUGUUCAACUAUAUUCCAUCCGGCCGUGAAAUCUACAAUACUUGUUCGGAGUUUCAAUUUUGUACAAAUACACGGCAUAUAUUUUUUGUUUGAUA